GUGCAGCUCAAGAUGAAGUGGAGCCCACAGAUACUGAAGCAAUCGCCCCUAGAACGCCCCGUGGGGGUCGUUCGCGACGCAAGAGCACCGAAACAGAAGUCCUUACUCCAAGACGCACGAGUCGUAGAAGAUCCAGCGUAGAAGAACCUGCACCCACCCCUGUUAAAAUUCAGCAGUCCCUUGCACAGAUCACAGAAUCGGAAACUGAACAAGAGGAACAAGUUCCUGAAAGCAAGACUGAAUCAGAAGAACCUGCUAUUGAUCUUUACAGUAUCAAUGUAUCAAAAACCUAUGAUGAUGAUGAACAAAGUGUUACCACUCAUGGGGAUUCAAUGACGGAACAAAAGGACAUCAGCAUCGAAAGUAAAGAGAUUGAAAGUUUGUCAGAUGAUACCAAAAAUGAUGAGAAAGAGAAGAACAAUGUUGCAGCGGUAGAACCUGUGGCUGCUUUGUCUGAUCAAACUGAAUCUGGUGAUGUAAAACCAGAGAUUGAAAAGACAGUUACAAAGGUUGAAGAACCGGAAAAAGAAUCUCCUUCAAGGAGGACAAGUUCGAGAAGGUCUUUGGUAGAGGAGUCUUCAACACCCACAAAAGCAGAAGAAAAAAUUACUACACCUAUAAAAAGUGAUGAAAAACAAACAACGCCUGUGAAAGAUAAGCAGCCAACGCCAAUUAAAAAGGAAGAGAAACAAACAACUCCAAUUAAAAGUGAUGAAAAACAAGCAACACCUGUGAAAGAUAAGCAACCAACACCUGUGAAAGAUAAGCAACCAACGCCAAGCAAAAAUGAUGAAAAACAAACAACUCCAGUAAAGAAGGACGAACAAACUCCAACCAAAAAGGAUGUUGCAGCACCUGGACAAAAUACACCGAGGAAAAUUGAUGAAUCUCCAUCUAAAAAGGAUGAUGUAAUGGAAACACAGGAAGAAAUGAGCCAAGAAGAUCAUGCAGAAACAUCAUUGGACAAAGCCGACACUCUGGAGGAGGAUGAAAAAAUGUUACUAGAUGAUAGUGUACAUAACAAAUCCUCUGAGAGUAACAUUGAAGAAUCUGAUAAGGACAAUAUAUCAGAAAACACCAAAUUCGAUGAUUCAGAAUUAGCAUGUGAUAGUCCGGUGGAUACCUCGAAAGCUAAGAAGAAAGAGAAGAGAUCAAGGUGGAGCAAUUUCCAAGACCAAAAGCAAGAAUCGAAUGAUAAAGCUGCAAAAUCAGAAGAAGCAAAAUCUGAUGACAGCCGGCGAAGCCUAAAACGAAGGCAUUCUCAUUCAAGGUCUCCAGUAAAAAUGCUCACUGAAGAAGAUGAAGUUCAACUGGAAAGUUCCGAUACAAAUGUUUUAUUAAGCUGGUUUGAUUCAGAUUUGCAUCUAUGCAUCGAUCGUGACAAUUUAUGUGGUGCCAGCCCUCUAACAGCUGGUGCACUUAGUCACGUUUGGGCCGGUGCCAGAACCAACAAAGGUGUUACAAGUGGUUGUGGAGCUUAUGAAGUUCUUGUUGAACGCCACCUUAAAGUUGAUCAGCCUGAUGAGAGUUCUCAUUUGAUUCGUAUUGGUUUUUCUACAUCUUCAAACACAUUACAACUAGGGGAAGAUGCACUUUCUUUCGGCUAUGAAAGCUCUGGAAAGUUUGUUAGUAAUAAUGAGUUUACAGAUUAUGGAGUGCAGAUUAAAGAGACUGAUGUUGUUGGUGCUUAUUUGGAUUUGGAUUCUACUCCAUGCACAAUUAAAUUCACUGUCAAUGGCGAAGAACAAGGAAUUGCUAAAGAGUUUGAAAAGUCAAUUCUUGAAGGCAAAGCUUUAUUCCCUCACGUACUGACCAAGAAUAUAUCAUUUAAAAUUAAUUUCGGUCAAAAUGAAAAAUCUUUGUUAAAUAGACCAAAAGUAGUAAAGGUAGUGGAAGACAAAAAGGAAGUGAAGGAUGAACCUGUGCAAGAGCCCAUGGAAACUGACACUUCUGAAGAAUCUAAAGAAGUAAAAUCUACGGACGUUGAAAUGGCAAAAGCAGCAGAUGCUUCUGAAGAAAAAGAAGCAUCAAAGGAGGUACAAGGUGAAAACGCUGUGAAGGAAACAAAAGCAGAAGAAACGGUUAAAGAAAAUGCAGUUCCAGAGCCAAUUGAGGAGGACGUUCCAGAGUUAUUUAUUCUGCCCGGAUAUGAAUACAUAGGCAAAUUUCCACUCGACUCUUUGGUAGAUGGACCGCUUCAACCCGACACGAGGAAAGAGUGUGAGGUCUUGAUGCUAUGUGGAUUACCAGGAGUUGGAAAAACACACUGGGUAGAAAAAUGGGUUCGAGAGCAUCCAGAAAAGAGAUACACAGUGCUGGGAACACAUGAACUAGUAAAUAGGAUGAAGACAAAUGGAGAACCAAAGAAAUCAUCCUACAAAGGAAGUUGGCAAGCAUUGUUGGAGGCCUGCUCUAAGAGCAUUUCAGAAUUAGUGAACAUUGCAGGCAAGAGGCGGAGAAAUGUCAUUAUUGAUCAAAAUAAUGUAUUUAGUGCAGUCCAGAUUAGAAAGAUAAGUAACUUUGGUGAAUUUGUUCGAAAAGCCAUUGUUAUAGUACCUUCAGAGGAAGAAUGGAAUAACCGAAAAGCUGCUAAAGGGCAAUUCAUCACUGAGGAAGUGACUGAAUCUGAAAUGCUUACAAUGAAAGCCAACUUUGUUCUGCCCGAAGUAAGCGACUACUUCGAUCAAGUUAUUUUUGCUGAGCUCUCUGAACAGGACUCGAGUGAUCUUAUUGAGAAGUAUAACAAAGAAGGCAAAGAUGCCGGCUAUGCCAUGAGGCCCGCUAAGCGAUCCCGUUUCGAUAAUAGUUCCGAUCGUUCUGCUGACAGACACAGCAACUCCAGCCAGGGCAAUCGUCAAAGUAGUGAUAGGCGCUACAACGACCGUUCCGAUAGGAGGAGGAGUUCUGAUAGAAGCCAAGGGUUCAAUAGACGAGGCGGUAAUGAUCAUAGAAAACACAAUGACAGGAUGGAUCGCGGGGGCGGCGGACCCCCACAUAGGUGGGGCGGUGGUCCACCU